CGCGACGAUGGCGUGGGGGUGGCCUGUAGUCUUCUUGAGCCAUCCGCGAACGUAAAAACAAACCCGGAAGCCGUUUCUUUCACGAGGACAGCUGCCACACGGCUGGGUGCGAUGGUCCGGCGCGCCCAGACGUCCGAGAGUUGCCGCGAGCCUAGGGUCAACGAGGCUCGCUGCGCCUCGUUUCGGCGCCUUGGACAUUGCGAGCAGGCGCGAGAUUUCCGCGCAAAAGCCUCCAAACAGCAGCCGGCUGCCUCCACGCCCAUCAAAAGGGCCCACGGCCCCCACGGACCCCCCGCCGCACGCUCCGAGCCCGGGCGAGCGGCCUCGCUUGCCGAGAAAGGGCUGCCUAUAGCUAUGGACUACGCCGACCACAGCGACGACGAGCUGACGGGCGUCGCGGCGACGCGCGAGAUCUACGCGACCUUCGGGUAUCCGCCGUCGCAGCCGCUGCCGCGAUCCCGGCGGCACGUCUGCGCUGUGGUUGGAGGCGCGACGGUCCUGUCCGCUAUUUUAGUAUUGGUCGCUGGGCAUUCCUACGACCCCACGACGGCCUUCGCCACAUUACCGCAUGCCCUACGAGCGGCGACCUGUGCAUCAUCUAGUAAUGUACCGCCGCCGACGAUACGAAGGCAAGCCGACAGCAAACCCAAACACUGGUCGCGCGGAGCAGCCGCGGACCCCUGCGCGAUGCACGACGUGAUUAUCGCGACGACGCACAAGACAAAUUUAGAUGCGCAGCUACGGAGCGUCUCCGAUCCCAACUCAAAAAAUUACCGCAAGUACCUGACGACCGAAGCGGUCAACGAGCUAGCUAUUGAUCAAAACCAUGUGAGGAAUAUAGGGAAGUGGGUUUCGGAAAUAGGCGCCCAGGAGAUCAAACGUACAAAAAAUGGAGAGUACAUCACCGCACGCGCGAGUGUCGCGACGUGGACCGAAGCUUUGGGGUGUGAGUUCUUCGACUACUCCUACGAAGGCAAGAAAGCGCCGCGCUGCGACGGUGACUACGGGUUGCCGGUGCAUGUCGAUGCGUCGGUCCACGCCGUAUUUAAUGUGGGCAAUCUAGCGCCGCGCAUCUCCAAGCUCAAGGGCAUCACGAAGCUCGUGGACAAGGAGGUCACGGAGUACGUCACGCCCUCCGUGCUAGCUGCUUUUUAUUCAAUACCUUCAAGUGGUGCGGAGACCGCCGGCGCGUUCGGGCCGGAUAUCCUCAUACCUCCGACCGGCUCCGCCUCAGCAAGGCAAGCGGUCUUCGAGACCCAAGGCGAGUACUACUCGCCGACGGACCUGGCCCAGUUCCGGAGCUAUUUUGGAUUACCUCCUGCUGAUGCUACACCAAUUAGUAACAUUGGUUCUCAUGAUGAAGCGAUUGCUUGUGAUGUGGAUGCGGACCUAUGUGACGAAGGCAACCUGGACAUGCAAUAUUUAACUACAGUGAACCCGUAUGGGCCGACCACUUAUUUCUAUGUUACUCUGGCGGACGUCGCGACGGACCCGUUCCUAGCUUUUGCGAUGGCCCUGGCCGACCUCGUGGAACCGAUCUACGUCGCCUCGAUCAGCUGGGGAUCGAUCGAGUCCGAAGAGGUGCCUUCCAUCAUGGCGUCUUUUGAUGUUGAGGCGGCUAAGUUGGGCCUGAAGGGUGGUACCAUCGUAGUUAGCAGUGGAGACGACGGCGCGAACGGUUUGGGGACGGAGUGCGGCUACGCUCCGAGUUUCCCGGCGUCGUCGCCGAACGUCUUAGCUGUGGGUGCCACCAAUGCGUACGACUGGUCGGGCACGGCCGGAGCCCCGAACGAGAUCGUCUGCCAGGCUGAUGUACUCGGUGGCGUCGUUACCAGUGGAGGCGGCUUCUCGGGCACCUACACCCAACCCUACUGGCAGGCCGAUGCUGUUGCGAGUUAUUUCGCCCAGGUGGACGGUACGCAAUCACAACCGGCGGGCGGCUUCUCGAAGGGUGGUAGGGGCUAUCCGGACGUCGCGCUUGCCGGCAAGGACUUCGAAGUGGUCAUCGGGGACGUGCUCUACCUCGUGAGCGGGACGUCCGCCAGUGCACCUUCGGUAGCGGGCAUGCUCGCGCGCAUCAACGCCGGUUUAUUAGCUGCCGGGAAGUCGCCCGUGGGCCUCGUGAACCCGACGUUAUAUGCCUCGUCUGGUAGCUUCGCCAACGACAUCGUCGACGGCGACAACACGUGCACGGCCUACUUGCUCGAGUGCGAGCAGGGCUUCUACGCAACAACGGGCUGGGACCCGGUUUCGGGCUGGGGCUCCGUCGACUACGGGCGCCUCGAGGCGCUCCUCGCAUAGUAUUGUAACUUAAUCGUUCGUUUC